AUGCAGAUUCUCUCAACCUGGGUGCUUCUGGCUUCGGCCGCCCUGGGCGCUGUCGCCGCCGAGGACCUCAAGAUCGACGUUACCGUGCCUGUCGAGUGUGAUCGCAAGACCCAGUCCGGCGACAAGGUGCAGAUGCACUACAGAGGCACCCUUGCCGCCGAUGGCAAGCAGUUCGAUGCCAGCUACGACCGAGGAACGCCCUUCAGCUUCAAGCUUGGAUCCGGCCAGGUCAUCAAGGGUUGGGAUGAAGGCCUUUUGGACAUGUGCAUCGGUGAGAAGAGAACCCUCACAAUCCCUCCCGAGAAGGGCUAUGGCCAGCGCGGAAUGGGCCCAAUCCCUGCUGGUAGCACACUCAUCUUCGAGACCGAGUUGCUCGGCAUCGACGGUGUGCCCAAGCCUGAGUCAAUUGUCCUGAAGACCAGCACGACAACCGACGCUCCCGCCGAGACGGCUAAGAACUUUGGCGAAAAAAUUGCUGAGAAGUUUGCUGAGGCUACGGACGCUGCCAAGACUAUGUUGAAGGAUACAAUGAAGGACACUGACGAUGCUGAGCACGUCGAGCUGUAA